AUGUCAAACCUUAAACCAGGCAAUUACUUCUUCAUCGUGCCGUGGAUAGCGUUCAUUCCAUGGUAUGGUAUGCUUAUUGCUAUGCUCGCAUGCUGGGCUGCGCAAGGGCAUCCGAUCUAUUGGUUCAUGCACGUCGACCAGUUUCCAGUGUACAUCUCCGACAUUGGUGCGACGAACUUGCGGCCUCUGUUCAUUGCAUGUGUCGGAUGGCAGGGCCUCGGAUAUGUCAUCACCAUUGCGUGCGAGUACUUUCAGAGGAGCGGACGCUGGCCGUUUAUGAGAGGUGCAAUCGCUCACACCCCUACGGGCGAUCAGAAUUCCGCAUCACCCUCCGUAGAUUCGAUGAAGACCAGUUACAGCGAAAUUCUGCGCUCUGCCAAAUUUCUGAUGCCUCCCUACUACACGAAACACGAGCGUAACUGUAUAUUUGCGAGCUUCGUGCUAGGGCUGUGCGGUGAGAUUUGCCUGUUGAUGUGCUCGAUUUUCUCAACUAAUACAUAUCCCAGGGUUCACAGAACCAUGGUCGGUCUUUUUUGUGCAUUCAUUUUCCUUUCCGUGUGUUGCAACAUCGCAGAAUAUUUCAUGAUGGGUAGGCAUUAUGCUCAAGUACAUCCGCUCGCAGACCCAGAAGCUAAGCUAGAAACAACAUCAUGGAAGCAUUGGGUGGGAUACAAGUUCAACAAAUACACAAACAGUGCCAUUGCCAAGGUGUUGUGGUUGACAACUUCGGUGGUCUGGGCUAUCUGCUUUGGAGCCAUCGAUGACAACUCCAAGAGUGCAUGUUUUGAGUGGCUUUUGGCUUUUUGGUUCGGUAUCAUUUUCAUGAUCAUCUCGGUAGACUUUUAUUUGGGUGGGCGCUAUAGAAACUCGAAGUUCUUCCACCAGGUGACUUCAUUCGAUGGUUAUUACAAAUACGACAAACUCGUCCCACCGGUUAGACCAGAGCACGUUUAA